UAGAUAGAGAGUAUGUAAGUAUCAACAGUGCUUGCCUCUCUGUGGACGCGUCCGCUCACCACGUGACGUGCUGUGUUUACAUCCUCUCCGCUCAGCUGUUCUUUCUACCAACACGACAAAACCCCUCGCUCAUUUCCACUUACUCCGCCGGAGCCUGCUUUCAUCACACACAAAAUAACAACUCUUAGGCCGAGCUGUAAAUGUUUCCUGUUGCCUCCAUGAACCGCCGCAUUGCACCCUGAGACGAGCAGUGACUAAAUGCGACACGGCAUUGUUGUCACUCGCUGCCCGGAGAUGACUUUAGCGUGAGGAGACAAAGCAGCUGGAUCUUUUUCGGGGCCCAAAGCAGUUUUGGUCGGCAUGGGGGGAGCGGUGAGCGCCGGGGAGGACAACGACGACCUCAUCGACAACCUGAAGGAGGCGCAGUACAUUCGCACGGAGAGAGUGGAGCAGGCUUUUCGCGCCAUCGACCGCGGCGACUACUACCUGGACGGCUAUCGGGACAGCGCCUAUAAAGAUUUGGCGUGGAAACAUGGCAACAUCCACCUGUCGGCACCGUGCAUUUACUCCGAGGUGAUGGAGGCGCUCAAGCUGCAGCCGGGACUUUCCUUCCUUAACCUGGGCAGCGGGACAGGCUACCUGAGCACCAUGGUGGGCCUCAUCAUCGGUCCAUUUGGUGUGAACCACGGUGUGGAGCUCCACAAGGAUGUGGUGGAAUACGCCAGGGACAAACUGGACAGUUUCAUCAAGACCAGUGACAGCUUCGAUAAGUUUGAAUUCUGCGAGCCUGUCUUUGUUGUGGGAGAUUGCCUGGAAAUCUCCACAGACAGCCACCAGUAUGAUCGCAUUUACUGCGGGGCCGGGGUGCAGAAAGUUCAUGAAUAUUACAUGAAAGUCCUGCUCAAAGUCGGGGGCAUCCUGGUGCUGCCUAUCGAGGAUCAGCUGACCCAGAUCACUAGGACGGGCCAGUGCACGUGGGACAGCAAAAACAUCUUGGCUGUGUCCUUUGCGCCGCUGGUCCAGCAGAGCAGAGCUGACGGCGACAAGCCAGACAGUGUCCAGUUGCCCCCCGUGACCGUGCGCACCCUCCAGGACCUGUGCCGCAUCUACAUCCGCCGCACCCUGCGCGAGUUGGCGGGCAGUGGCGAGGACGACGGCCAGGCCAGGCGCGCAGGGGCGCAACGGGUGCCACAGAAACGCAAGCGGCGGCACUGCCGGCGGCGCCGCAUCAACACGUACGUCUUCGUGGGCAACCAGCUCAUCCCGCAGAUGGUGGAAAGCGAGGAGGAGCACGGCGACGAGGAGCACAAGGACGGCGAGGCCAACGCCGAGGAGGAGGAGGACAAGGAGGAGAGGGACCUCGGCGACGUGGAGAUCCUCAAGCAGGCCAACAUCUUUAGAGACCAGAUCAUGGCUCUCCCCCUGCCCGAGUCCCUCAAGGAAUAUUUACUGUACUACAGGAAGAAGUGACUGAGGUGCACACGUAGCAUUAUUUCCACACUAUCUUGAUGGCAGAACUCAACGUCACAGAUCACACUGGAUAAUAAUGUUGACAUUGUUAUUUGUAGAUGUUGCUUUCCUUUUGAUUUGAUUUUCAACGUACACACCAUGAAAAUGAGAAUUUCAAAUGAGCGAAAUUCAGUGUACACCAGAACCUCCAAAGUGGAACACGAUCCCCUUUGACAGUCGUUUACAACAAAACUAUUCUUCCCAUUAUUGUUUAUUAAUCGGUCACCAUUGUAAUAGCCUGGAACUGGACGCGCAGUGUCGCAUUAACGUUGUUGAAAAAUGUAAGCGUAAACUCUGUUAUUAAAUGCAUGUAUUUGACACAC